AAUGAGCAUGCGCAGUUAGUCAUUAUCGGGUGAAAUUUUACGUGUGGAGUCCUGCCAAAGAGGAUAUUUUCGACGAUUUGUGACAAUUUUACAGAUAUAAUUCAAGUAUUCAUAAAUGACUUACAACAAAAUGAAUUAAACUGUUUUGUUGGGCCUGCCUCCAAUUGGUUAAACUUGGCACUUUAAUCUGUGAAGUGUUUGGUGCAUCCAAAAUUUCUCAAAAUGGUUUUAUCUCAACGACAGAGAGAGGAACUAAACCGUGCAAUAGCCGAUUACCUUAGUUCUAAUGGAUACAUUAGUGCUCUUGGUGAAUUCCAGAAAGAGGCCUCCAUGCAAGGAGAAAUUGACAAGAAGUAUGCUGGCCUCUUAGAAAAGAAAUGGACAUCUGUCAUCAGGCUUCAGAAAAAGGUCAUGGACCUUGAAGCCAAACUUUUGGAGGCAGAAAAAGAAUUCAACUCCGGGGGACCAACUCGUGACCGCCGAAGCCCUGCAGAGUGGAUACCCCGCCCCCCAGAGAAAUACACCCUCAGCGGACACAGGAGCCCUGUCACACGGGUUAUAUUUCACCCAAAAUUUAGUAUAAUGGUUUCAGCAAGUGAAGAUGCUACUAUGAAGUUAUGGGAUUACGAGACUGGUGACUAUGAAAGGACCCUGAAAGGACACACCGACUCUGUACAGGAUAUAGCAUUUGAUCAAGCAGGCAAAUCUUUGGUUUCGUGUUCAGCUGAUAUGACUAUAAAACUGUGGGACUUUACAGGAUCAUAUGAAUGUCUGAAGACCAUGCAUGGUCAUGACCACAAUGUUUCGAGUGUGACUUUCAUGCCAAGCGGGGAUCACAUUAUUUCGUGUUCACGAGACAAGACCAUAAAGAUGUGGGAAGUUGCCACUGGAUAUUGUGUGAAGACUUACACAGGCCACCGUGAGUGGGUACGUAUGGCCAGGGUGUACCACGAUGGCUCGUUGAUCGCCAGUUGUUCUAAUGACCAGACAGUUCGCGUCUGGGUAACAGCCACUAAGGAGUGUAAGGCAGAACUAAGGGAGCACGAGCAUGUGGUCGAGUGUAUCGCCUGGGCUCCAGAGGCAGCACACCCCGCCGUUUGUGAGGCCAGUGGUGUAGACGCGAAGAAAACUGGCAGAAGUGGCCCGUACCUGGCCUCAGGAUCACGCGACAAGACCAUCAAGAUUUGGGACAUCAGCACUGGACUAUGUCUCUUUACACUGGUUGGCCAUGACAACUGGGUUAGAGGAAUCUUGUUUCAUGUUGGAGGCAAAUAUAUCCUCAGCGCGUCAGAUGACAAGAGCUUGAGGAUCUGGGAUAUCAAAAACAAAAGGAACCAGAAAACUCUAGAUGCCCAUCAACACUUUGUAACGUCAAUAGACAUGCAUAAGACAGCACCCUACGUAAUAACUGGCUCUGUGGACCAGACCAUAAAAGUUUGGGAAUGUCGUUAACUCACUCUGCCAGGAGCUCGCAUUUUACUUGGGCUAGGUAUAUACCAAGCAAUGAUACAAAUUAUAUUGUAAAACUGUCCCGAAAUUUUAUGUUUCGUCACAAAUCAAACAAUCAUCCAAAUAAAACCAUUGUGUGGAGAGGAUCUAGUUUGAUGGUAUCUGUCUGGGAGAGUUUGGAUUGGUUGGUAUAAAGCCUAGUUUUAUACUUUUGAUCGAGAGUUCGGUCGAGCGUGUGCACUAUUAAGGGUGCAGGUGAAUGAUCUCAGUGAUGCCUCCAGAUGAUCAAUAUGACAGUGCUUGCUUCCAGUGGUCUUGUCCGCUUGUCUUGUUAUUUAGUCAUAUACCUCUUUCACGACUUUUUAACCAAUGGCCAUCAUAAAUAUGAAAUUAAAAAGCAAGAUUUGAAUAUUCUCUGAAAUGGAGAAAAGUUUUCCUUUGUGGAAUGAAAUGAAGAUGGCUGAUAUAUUCAUGCUCAGUGAUAGUGUUGAUUGUCUUUAAAUUAAUUCACGCUUAUUUUACAUAUAUACACAUAGACCAGUGAUUAUGGGACUUGUGGAGUAUACUAUAUGCUCAAGGACUGGUGUUAAAAUUUUUAAACAGGACUGCUGACAGUGAUACACAGAGAUCAGCUGCCGCAGAAUUAUUAUUAAACAAGAUUAAUUUAUGUAGUGUGUAUACAGGAUCUGACAUGUCUUUCACCGCCAUGUGUGCAAAAUGCAAUAUCAGUAUAUAUCAGCAUAUAGUACUAUUGUAUGACAUGUUUCUAUGCUGUGUACAGUGUAUUACUGCCAGACUGCUAUAAGCUGUCUUGUAUUCAACAUGUACACUUUGUACACCAAAUUAUAGAUACUAGAUGUUAUAUAUGAAAAUUUAAGUUGGUUAAAGGAAUAGGUUGAAAACAAUGUAAGCCCAAAGAAAAUUUCAAGCGUAUCAUAUUUCUCAUUGUAUAGAUUAUUAAGAGUAAUUCUAUCCAAUGUUAACUGUUUUCACCUUGUAAGGUGGAUCGAUGUUAUACAGGGAAUAUAGAAUAUAAGAAUAUGUAUUUGCUGAAGUGACAUUGUGCAUUUGUCUAUAUAGAAAUUGACAUCUUGUGUAAAAAAAUAAUCGCACAUUAAGUGUCAAACCUUGUUAUAGUAAUAAUCUAUUUACAAAUAGUUAAGUACAUUUAAUUUAAACACUAUCAAAUUGAUUUUGUUGAUUAAGCAGUGCAGUACUAUGAAUUUUAUUGAGGAAUAAUGCGAAUACUCUAUUAACCUACAUAUAUUCAAUGUGUAUAUUAUUAUUGUAUCAUGCAAAUUUGCACAUGGUGAAGAUUUUGUAACUAUUGAUAGUUAAUCAUUAUAAUCAUCCUUUGAUAUUCCAAUUAUUCUCUUCGACACAUACCAGAAGGUGCUUGACUUAUUUUUUGCCAUAAGCAGUUCCAGAAUACAGUUAAAUGCACUUGAAGUAAGACCGUUUUGUCUUUAAACUUAACAAGCUUCAUUUUUAUGCCAUAGAUUGGUCUAAAAGUGAAGUGACCCAAUUCUUCGUACUGGGUAUGAUGGACUUUAUGACUAGUCCAAUGUUAUAUAUAUUACAAAAUCUGUGAUAUACAUUUUCAAAUUAUUGUCAUAAUUAUAUGCUGUUUAGAUUUUGGUAGUUAAAGCAAAUUUUUAGACAUUAUCUUUUUAAUGAAACACCACAAUUGAUAGAAAAUCAUUAAAUUGUGCCCUUACCUGUCUUGGAGCUUUUGGCAUCAAAUGUCAGCACUAGAUGGGCAGGUCCAGAGGAUUUGAUGGAUUUUAUACAGAUGGAUGUAUUUAAGUGAUCUAUAAAAAUUCAAAUUUAUCUUUUUAAACCCAUGAUCCAUCAGGUGAGUCCUGCUUCUUGUUCCACAGAAAUACCGGAAGUGUGAAUAGGAGUCAUGACCAUAAUUAUCAAGUAUUGCUACUGCGGUAGUCCUCUUGUUUUUUGUGCUGACUUUUAUAUGAUAUUGCUUUGAUGCAGUCAACCAUCCGUCCAUACAUAUGUAAUCUUUAUUAUUUUCCGGUGAUGCUUCAGUGUUGUAUUUCAACUUUCUCUUUUGACCAGUUUCAAUAUUGAAUACAAAAUAUGUGUAUUGCGCAGCUCAAAUCAGCAUUCCAUGACUUGAAUAAGAUCUUUAUAUUGAAUGAAAUUAUAAAUGGUACAUAUAUAUUCAUCCAUUAGACAGUAUGAAAUUUUACAUUCAUUCAUUGAUUUUAACACACGUAAUGCCUGAAGUGGUUGUGAUGAUUACAUUCAUUUCAGGCUUAUUCCUAGUGUUCAAAUUAUAUUUCAAGAAUGUCCACAGAUUUUUUGUUUCACUUCCUGAAGAUGUUAUGGUGGAUGGUUGGUGCAGGUGUAAAUAUGAAGGUACAAGAAAACUAUAGGAAACCCAAUACUCUAAUGAUAUAUUAAUCUGGGUUUUAAAAGAUAGAAUUCUGUAUGGAAUCCAUUGAUAACUUGGAUGUAGUGUGUCAUUCUAUGAAAGCUUGCCAUCCUUAUAUGUAUUCUCUCAUAGCAUUGCUAUGCUACAGUCAGUGUGCUUCAUCUUCAUUGUUAAGUUUGCAGUUCAUUUAAUUUAUUUACAACACAUGCUUUUUAUUACAAGAUUUCAAUUAUUAUUUUGCAGUAGACACAGUUAUAUGUGUUGUUUAAAACUAUGUUCAUAUCGGUGAAUGCUACAUGAAUGUGUUUGAUAUUUAAAGGAAACAAAAUCUCAUACUAGCAUCAUAUUUCUCUGUUGAAGCUGUGCUGAUGUCGGACUAAAACGGGUUGUGUAUUUGUGUUCAUAAAAACCUCUGAUAUUGUGUUUGAAAUGAAAAUAUGGCCAGUUUAUCUUUUGAAAACAACUUGGCUCUAUUUUUUGAAAUUUUGGAAGGAAAAAUUAAAACAAUUUUUUGUAAAAAAAAGUUUGAAUGAACAAACAAUGUAUUGCAUAUUUGAUUUUUUUUUUUUUUUUUUCAAAUGCUAUUCUAGUCCCAUAUAUUUUACAUUCAAGGUGGUGAACUUUUAUAAUUCGAUGAAUGAACUGUGCAAUUUUAUUUUAAGAAUUGUUUUUGUUAUUUUUUUUUUUAGUUAGAUAGAUAUAAACCUUGAAUAUGGUAACCGUUUUGACUUUAUUGUACUACUUGUUAUCCAGGAUUGUGGUUGGUCAAAUGAUCAAGCUCCGACUCUCAAUUUGUUAAUGUUUUGGGGAUAGUCCAUACAUUUUUGCAUCUUCUCCAGAAGACAAUGAAUAUGAUGCUUGUAUAGAAUUUGUUUCUUUUCUGUAGCUUCCAUACAAAAAGAUAUUGAAGAAAAAUAAAUAGGAGUCACUUAAGGUGAUAGCCAGAUGGAGUUUUCAUCAGGUUUGGAUACUGUUUGACCUGUUGGCCUCAAAUAUUCGAAUGCCUAUAAUGUCAUUCCAAGCACUGUGUAGUGGUAUUCUAUAACAGAUCAAACAACUGCCAAUGAUGUACAUGAUAUAAAACAGUUAAAGCCAGUCACAGAGAGAAGGGGUUGCAUUUAUGUGGGAGUAAUGAUAAAUGUGGAUUGCAUGAAUAGAUUAACAAGUAGACAACACCUGACCUGUCUGAAGUAUAACCUAUAUACCAAGUGCCAAUUUAGUUUGAUUUUAUUCAUAUAUUUAUGUUUUUUCCUAUAACUCAUGUUUUAUUAUCUCCCUUAUAUUCGAUUAUCUGCAAUGAGAACAGCAUUCCACAAAUUUUAUCUUGAUAUCCCCUGUCAGUUUUACUACAAUUUCCAAUUCUUCUGAUCUGAAUGGCAUUUAAUCAUAGGUAAUUAAAAAGUACUGGCAUGGCCUUCUGUAACACCAGCAAGUUACUCAAACCCAAUGAUAAGUAGAGUAUGAUUAAUUAAUGGUAAAGGUUGUAUAAACGUUUUGAACCUUUCCACCGAGUACCACAUUUGAUAGUAUAUGGUAUUAAGGAAUACUGUGUACAUAUCCAUAUCCACCAUUCAUUCCCAAGCCUUUUUGUUUGCUGUGCCUCUCCAGGAAUGUUUCUAUCAUUCAUUAAUGUGUCUAUCAAAGCUAAGAUUGUUACUUAGAUUACAAAUGAUGGAAAAUCCCUUCAUUUUUGCCUUUUCUAUAAACAGAGGUAAGACUCCAUGUUCUGGGGAUUGCACCAUGUAUUAUAGAUGAAAACGAGGGGAUUUUCUUCUCAUGAUCUUUCCUACUUUCUAUUCUGUCUUUCUCACUCUUUUUUCGAUAAAGGGAAGGUAUGUGAUAACACCACAUGUAUUUGUUAGAAAUGUCUUUUAUUUCUCGGACUAUGUUUGAAUUGCCAAUGAAAUUCAGUUUUAACACAUCUGUGGUACCAAAACCUACAAUUCCCUUUGUAGCUGUAAAUACUACAACAAACCUAUUGUAAUGUUGAACUUUUGUCUCCAAUUUUCAGUCUUUGUCAUAAUUUAAUGUAAUUCUCAUUAACAGUUUAUUCAAAGAAUUAAUGUGUAUGUGCUUUAUAUUUUACCUUCGGAUUAUAAAAAGAAGUGAAAUAUUGUUGAAAAUCCUUUUGGAAGGAAAAUGGAAAAAAAAAUAAGAAAAAAAUAUUGCCAUGUAGAGUCCAGGAACAAUUGUGUUAUGGUAUUCUUAGGCAGGGUAUCAAUGUGGUAUUACCAACAUCAUUUUACAUCAUUAAGUGCUAUUCACAGUAUUUAUAUAAAUACAUCUGUGUACAAUAUAACUAAUACAUGUAUAAUGUGUCUGCCAGUUUGUUUGAAGAGCGGUGUGAGCUGUAAGGCCUGGCUUCUGACAGUUGUCACUAUACAUUGAAGUUUAUACCACAGGGAGGUGUGGUGGUAACCAUGGGGUGUGUAAAAAAUUACCCGCCCUUCACACAAUAUGGCAGGUUUUGGUGUUGUAAUAUUUUAAUGAUAACGUGGAUAAUAUUUGGUUGACACAUCCAGAUUUUAAGGUCUUUAUCUAUCUAACUAAAUUUGUGUUGCUUUGUAACCGGCAGUCCUCAUGUACGUCAAACUUACGUUUUUAACUUUGAUCUGGUCGUGUCUACUGUCAAUAAAUGAUAAUGUCAGAUUCC